UUUUUUGGCUCUUGGCCAAAGGAAGAGAGGUUGUAUUUCCUGGCCAAGGAGGAGGGAGCGGAUGAUGGUGGUGAAUGGAGGGAGUGCAGUGAAAGUCCUUGGGGGGCUUUUGCAAGCACACAGUCAUGGUGAAAUCGUGCUGUGCAAUAAACUGCAACAACAAAUUCACCCUCGGCAACAAUAUUUCAUUCCACAGGUUUCCUCUUGGGAAAAAGGAUCUGUUGAAAAAGUGGGUCUGCAACAUCCAGCGCAAGAACUUCAUUCCAACACGACACCAUGUCAUCUGCUCUGAACAUUUUCGUAGGUCAGAUUACCUUGAAAACGUGGCUUCGGGCAGGCGAUACUUGAAGCCAGAAGCGAUUCCUGUGGUGUUUAAUAUACCCGAACGGCAGAAGAAGAGCAGUAAAAAGAAACCCUCUGUCCCCAGCCUUAAUCUUCCUGAGUUUCUCCCAAGCGACCCAUUGCAAACCAAAGAGAGUGAAAUGGAAAAGCCCUCCCUUGAAAAUGAUGUUGUGGGACUGGAACAUUCCUAUUCUCUCCUAAAAAGUUCAGGUUCAGAUCUUGACGUUACCCAGGAAGAGGGCCCAAGUGCAGCCAGCCAAAGCCCUCCUCUCCAACAGAACCCGCCUUUGGGAGAAUGCACGGAAAUGACAAAGGAAGCCAUCCCAAAGGAACUCAUAUUCAACCCAGAAGCCGAGCGCCAGAAUUUCCGGCGUUUCUGCUACCAAGAGGCUGAAGGUCCCCGCAUGGCUUGCAGCCAUCUCUGGGACCUUUGCCACCAAUGGCUGAAGCCUGGGAAGAACACCAAGCUGCAGAUGCUGGAGCUGGUGAUCCUGGAGCAAUUCUUGGCCAUCCUGCCUCAGGAAAUGCAAGGCCAUGUCAAGGGAAAGGGACCGGUAAAUUGUGACCAUGCUGUGGCCCUGGCAGAGGACUUCCUGAAGGGCCAGCAAGGGCAGGAGGUGCAGCAACCAUUGGCAAAAGCAGUGCCCAAUUUCUCCAUGUCAAAGGAGGGUUCCUCAAGUACUCUGCAUUCCCCAGUGUUCAUGGGAGUUAUUAGAAGUGGUCCUGGAGUGGCCAACUCAAGGACAGAAAGUGACCCUGUGAUAGAAACAGUGAGUCACAUAGAGACCGUUCAGACGGAGGUCCUUGCGUCCGAAGAAGGAAUAAUCCCAGAAGACAUUUCCUCUGUAAUUGAGGUUGUGGAAACGGACAUGUGGCAGAGCGACGAUGACGGGGAGCCCAUUGAGUCCUCUUGGGAAGAAGGCAAAAGCGUGGGAAGAGCCGAAGGAGAUGCUGGACAUCUGGGAGAGGAUCGAGAAAGGGACAAAACGACUGAAAAGAGAAGAAGGAAGCUGACAGGCGAUGACUCAGUGCAGGAGAGAGAAACCAACACUGGACUGGAGACACCUGAGCCAGAAGAAGGAGCAAUAUUGAGAAAAAUAGGAGGAAAUCCUUUUUGUGCUCCCAAGAUGGAAGAGAUGCCCACAACCCUUCAGAGUGCCGAGAGUGCGCAGGAAGCUGUUCAGGGGAAAUCAUCCAAGGAGAAUCCAUACAAAUGUGCACAGUGUGGACAAAGUUUCCAUAAGCGGUCGCAGCUGAUUAUUCAUGAGAGGAUUCAUGCCAGAGAGAAGCCGUUCACUUGCAAUAAGUGUGGCCAGUGUUUUUCUUCCCAUCCAGACCUUCUCAGCCAUGAGGAAAGCCAUGCAGGAGAGAAACCGUACCCAUGCUUGGACUGUGGGAAGAGUUUCCGUGAGAAAGCCUACGUUAUUCAACACAAGAGAGUCCACACGGGGGAGAGGCCCUAUGCAUGUUCUGAGUGUGGAAAGAGCUUCUUUCGCCGAGGGUCACUCAUUUUGCACGAGAGAAUGCAUACUGGAGAGAAGCUGUACAGAUGCCUGGACUGCGGGAAAUGUUUCACCCGGAAGCCACACCUUGCUGUACAUAGGAGGAUUCACACAGGAGAGAAGCCGUAUCAGUGUUCGGACUGUGGGAAGAACUUCACUGUCAAAUCUGCUCUCAAUGUGCACAUGAGGACUCAUUCUGAAGAGAAGCCUUUCCAGUGCUCAGAUUGUGGGAAGAACUUCAGAGAGAAAGGAAGUCUCAACAUCCACAAGCAAAGCCAUACAUCCGAGAAACCAUUCCAGUGCUCCGAGUGCGGGAAGUGUUUUUGCUACAAGGCGUCUUUUCGGAGGCACAAGAAGACUCACGCGGAAGGGACGGCCCUGAAAUCCCACGACUGCCCAGAAUGUGGGAAGAGCUUUGGCCGCAAAGAUUACCUCAUCACACACCGGAGGAUCCACACGGGAGAGAAGCCUUAUGUGUGCCCUGUGUGCGGAAAGAGCUUCAAUCACGGGGCGACUCUUGUCACUCAUAAGAGGACCCAUACGGGAGAGAAACCCUAUGAGUGUUCGGAGUGUGAGAAAAGCUUCAAGCAGAUUUCAGGCCUUAUUACACAUCGAAGAACUCACACGGGGGAGAAACCAUAUGAAUGUCCUGACUGUGGUAAAGGCUUCAUCCUGAAAUCGUACCUGAAUGUCCAUAAGAGAAUUCACACCGGAGAGAGGCCUUAUCAGUGCUCACACUGUGGAAAGGGAUUCUUGAGUUCCUCUUACCUUUUGAUGCACGAGAAAACCCAUACCGGAGAGCGGACACAUACCUGCUCCGACUGUGGGCAGAGCUUUCAUUGGAAACGUUCCCUCGAUAUGCACAUGAGGAAACAUACCGGGGAGCAGAUUCUCCAUGAAUGCACCCUCUGCGGCAAAAGUUUCACUUGGUCGUCGGCCUUGAAUGUCCACAUGAAGACGCACACGGGGGAGAAACCUUAUACGUGUUCUCAGUGUGGAAAAACCUUCAGUGGGAAAUGGAUCCUUAUUCAGCAUGAAAGGACCCACACAGGCGAAAAACCCUAUGAUUGUCCCGAGUGUGGGAAAAGUUUCCAUGCCAAAUCAUCGUUCUUUGCACACAGGCGGACCCACACGGGGGAAAAGCCGCAUGAAUGCACCGAGUGUGGGAAGAGCUACAGCGUGAAAGCCAAUUUUAAGGCACAUGUGAGGACCCAUACUGGAGAAAAGCCCUACGAAUGCUCCGACUGUGGCAAAACCUUCUGUAAGAAAGACCACCUCGUGACACACAGGAGGACCCACACGGGGGAGAAGCCCCACCAGUGCUCCGAGUGUGGCAAAGGAUUCAACUGGAAAGGUGGCCUCAUCAAUCACAUGCGGAUUCACACCGGGGAGAAACCCUAUGCCUGUGCCAAAUGUGGGAAGUGCUUUCAUAAAAAGGGACACCUGGCUCGGCAUGAGAUCAUCCACACGGGGGAGAAGCCGCAUGUCUGCUUUGACUGCGGAAAGAGCUUUAACCAGAAAGUUGCCUUGAUUGUCCACAUGAGGACGCAUACGGGAGAGAAGCCGUACAAAUGUUCCCAGUGUGACAAGAGCUUCAGCUGGAAGAAAUCCCUGAUCACACACAGUGCUAUUCACACGGGAAGGAAGCGCUAUCAGUGCUCUGAAUGCCCAGAAAGCUUCAGCCGGCGUUCUCAACUGGGAAAACACGAAAGGACCCACACAGGUUUUGUUGCUGUCUCUUCAGAUCUUGCAGAACUCUCUGUGGAAGAAAUCAGCACCGCUGUGAUGAGCUUGGAUUGCAGUACAAUCAUUUUGACCACUGCCGUGUAAGAGUAGCUAAACCUGGGUAAAGAGGAGCAAGACUUUCCUCCCAGCUGUUUCUCCUGAACUUCCCAGCCAUUCAUUAAUUUUAUUUCCUUGGAGAGAAUUGUGUAUGCCACACUAUGGCUGGAAUCGUGUUGGCCCAUGAUGCCUCCUCAGUGGCGACGGGAAAGAGAGAAAGCCAAGAAGACUGCAACUAUGAUGGGAAGCAGACAUAAUAUUGUGGGAGAUGGGUUGCUUAGUCCUGACAAAUCUGGUCUCUUUCUCCUUGUUACCAGCUAUAAUACAACCACAACAGUGGGCCAAGAAAAUGUCUGGGAAACUCACCUUGAUACUCUUGGUCUAUUUCCUCCAGUGUGGUGAUGGACGCUGUCCCAUCAUCAGUCGUGAAGAGGAGAUCCAACUACCAACCCAGUCUUUUUCCUCUAUGGGGGAGCAGCCGGCCAAAUGUCUCAGGCUUAUUCCUGACUGGGGGAAUGGCCUGUCCGUUUCAACAGCUUGAAGAGAUUAAUCACCUAGCCCUUAUUAUAUAGAGCAGGCAUGGGAAAACUUCGGCCUUCCAGGUGUUUUGGAUUCCAGUUCCCACCAUUCCUAACAGCCUACCAGCUGUUAGGAAUGGUGGGAGCUGCAGUCUCAAACACAUGAAGUUUGCCCGUGCCUGACAUAGAGCCAUUUUCCAACCACCAAAGAGUCUCUGCCUGUAAAGUCCGCAGGGCCGGAUGAAAUCUAUUACCAUCAAGGCUAGAGAUCCCAUAGUGUUGCCUUCAAAAAUUAUUUUGACAGGUAUUUGCAAUACCUGAGAUGAUGUAUCAGAUGAACAGAUUGUAAUACAGUCAUCCGUCCACAACUGCAGAUUCGUGGAUUUUAUUAAUAAUGAUCUCUUUACUAAUCCUUUAGGUAAUUGGUUCUCAACCUGGGGUCCCCAGAUGUUUUUGGCUUUCAACUCCCCAAAAUCCUAACAGCUGGUAAACUGGCUGGGAUUUCUGGGAAUUGUAGGCCAAAAGCAUCUGGGGACCCCAGGUUGAGAACCACUGCUUUAGAUCUUCCAGUUUGAUUCCACAGUCAACUUCUUCUAGUUAUACUGCAGGAUCUAGAACAGAGGUUCUCAACCUGUGGGUCCCCAGGUGUUUUGGCCUACAAAUCCCAGCUAGUUUCCCAGCUAUUAGGAUUCCUGGGAGUUGAAGACCAAAACAUUUGGGGAUCCACAGGUUGGGAACCACUGAUUUAGAGGUUUCUGGAGAGGAUGCUUUUUUGGGAAUCUCUUAAGUCCUCCAAAGUGAUUCUGUAAUCAGUUUCCAGCAGAGGUUGAUCACAAGAGUCCAACUAGAAGAGUCAAAUUCCUACAGAGAAGAGAUGUUCUCUCAGGUAAAAAAAAAAAAGGUCAGUUUCUUUGUGUAUGGUUUAUCACUUCACAAAGGGACCUUGAGAAUGUGCUGUCAAGCUCUCCAAAUUAGCUGGGAUUAAGAGCACAGAAUCCCCAUGAAAAUGGGAAAAGUGCAAAUAAAAAAAUACUACUUUUACCCAAGAGAACACCUCUAGGAAUCCAUAUAGGUACCUACAUGGCUCAUUUGUCAACUUCCAUUGAAAGUUGACCAUAUAAGCCUACUAAUAUCUGGAGAAAUGUUCUCUUAUGUCAUCCCAGAUAAGUCUGUGGCCAACUUCAGGCAAAGAUUACCCUAGAACAGGCCUGGGCAAACUUUGGCCCUUCAGGUGUUUUGGACUUCAACUCCUACAAUUCCUAACAGCCGGUAAGAGUAAGAGUUGGAGUCCAAAACACUUGGAGGGGCGAAGUUUGCCCAUGCCUGCCCUAGAAUCAUAAUAGAGGAUGUAAAGAUUUCUAGGAAGAAUAUAUUACUGAAAUGAAAUGUUCUCUCCAACCUUCAUAUCCACAAAUGUGGAGGGCGGCUGUGUUCCCAAAUAUAUGGUUCCCUAACAAAAAUUGGGUGGGAGGGAUUGAUGUUUGGUUUUGUGAACGUUACUUCCACCUUUAGUUGUUUGUUUUGGCGUUUGGUGUGCAGAGCGCCCUCGCAAUCGGAGGCACUUAGCUGCAGUUUAGUUUAGAUAUAAACCCAGCCCAACUGCAGUGGCUAUGUCUGUGGAAAUCCUUCCAGCUGUGAAACGCUACUGUGCAGAUGUGCUAGAAAUAGGCCACUUUGUUUUGUCUGAAAAAGGAUUCUUGCAAAUAUUUCUAAAUUUUAUGUUUGUAAAGAGGCCCACUUUGGUAUGGAUGUCUGGGUGGAUGCUAAUGGCCACUUUACCUCGGGAUUCCUUACAAGAUUCUAGCAUCCCAUCCGCUUUUGCCCUUUAAGCCACUCCAGCAGCAUUUCUAUUGGCAGUGUCCCGAAUUCAGUCUUAAACUUGUCCAUUUCUCAGUCACAUCUCAAGAUGGUUGUAAUGUCUCUUAAUUUAUUAAUUUAUCCAUUGGAAAUUUGGAAUUUUGAGAUAUUUGUACGAACCAUGGUCUUCACUUCCAUUUUCUGACGCAUAUGAAAUUCUUUAGAAGCAAGCAUUCCAUGGCAUUGUUUAAAUGUUUUGUUUGGGGAUUUAUUUUUUUUGAAUUGACAAAAUGCUGUAGCAUUUGUUCCGCCUUGCUGCUCUGUUUGGGAUGUGCGUAAAGCAGUUGUUACCAGUGCUCAUUAUUUCAAUUGUAAGAAAAGAAAAAUAAAAUUACUUUUGAGUCUGUAACCGUAUGUAAUUAAAGCUUGUGUAAAGCUGAA